CGUUGUCAGUAAAUAAAUAAAUACAAAUUCUUAUUUCUACGAUUUAAAUUUCAAAUUGGUUGAAAAUUGGUCUAAAAAAUUUCAAUAAGUAAGCCAAGAACUAUGGAGGAGGAUCUUGCCCUAAGCAGCUUGUUAUUUAUGAAAAUAUGUAAUUUAUUUGGGCGUUGGAAAAGAGCUCAAAGACGCAGUCCGCCGAAGCGCUUAAACCGAAAUCUAGAGCAAAUUAAAAAAAACAAAUCUAGUUUAUCUUUGCCUCCUGAAGAAUUUUGGCGGUGUCCAAAUAAUUUCCAUUGGGUUUUCGUACCAAUGAAAGAACAAGAUGACGAAGAAUUUUUUGAAAAUACUUGCAUGAAUGUAACCAUGUUUAACAAACUCGUCUCACUGUUGGAACCCGAAAUAGCGGAGUCAGCAUUGUUACCGGAGAAAAUAACCGCUGAACAAUGUCUUGUUCUAACAUUGGAAUAUUUAGUGAAAGGUUUCACCUUUUACUAUAUAAAAUCAAAGUAUAAAUUGCGCAGCUAUGAAACGGCGCAUGAUAUCAUUUUAGAAACUUGUGAGCUUUUGUGGAAAGUACUAAGAGAAACAUAUCUUGCUGAGCCAACGGAAUCAACGUAUAGCACCAUAGCAGAAAAAUUUUCAGAAAAAUGGCAUUUGCCGUGCUGUGCUGGUGCGAUAACUUGCAUGAAAAUAGUUACUAGACGAAAGAAAAAUCGUUCAAAUUACACUGCUGUUUUAGCAACUUGUGAUCACAAUUAUGUAUUUACAUCGCUGUGCAUUGGUAACAAAUGUGAAUUUGAAAACACAUCAUUCGGACAAGCAGUGAUAAACUGUACUUUGCCGUUUCCCGAUACUGAAGACCUUACUGGAAACAAACCCAAAUUUCCAUAUUACUUUGCUGGAAAUUUAUGUAUGCCGUUACUCAAAACCAUAAUGCGCACUUAUCGUCGAUUUGAGGAAAGUGAUCGGCGAAAGAUUUUCAAUUACCGCAUAUCUCGUGGUUAUCAAGUAAUUGAUAAUGCCUUCGGCAUAUUGAUAGCACGUAUGCAUAUAUUUCAAAAAGCAAUCAAUACGAAACCUGAUGAUUGCAAAAGCAUUGUUCGAGCCGCGGUGGUGCUGCACAAUUUUAUAAUGGUGAAUGACGAAAAUCAAAAGUAUUGUCCACCAAAAUUUGCGGAUUGGGAAGAUGAUAAUCAUUCAAUAAAAGCAGGCGGUUGGAGAUAUACAGCGGGUAAAAAAAUUUUCUCACUACGACCUGCGAAGUGGGCUGUUCGAAAUCAUAAGCAAGUGGCGGUAGAUCGGAGAGAUUUUUUAGCUGCAUAUUUUGAAAGUAAAGGCGCAGUCGAAUUUCAAAACGAAUUUGUAGACUCAAUAAGUGUUUAAUAUGAUUUGGAAAAAACUACAAGUAAAUACAUAUGUUAUUUUAAGUAAAUUUUCUUUGAAUAAUUAUUAAAUUUAUUGGAAAUGAAAAA